AUGUCCUCAACAGACAUAAUUCUCAACCGCGCAAACGUCGCCCUCGCCCGCAGCCAACGCCUCGUCGCCUCAUGGCUCCCCCCGCAAACCACCGAAGAACAAACCUCGAAUACUAAAUCGGAAGAAGAGCUACGGAAAGAGGAAGAUGAGAUUUUCACGGCUGUUCCGGAGACACUAGGCGUAGGAGCCCCCCUCCCCUCCAAACUCCCCGACGGAAGCUGGAACCGCGCGGAACUCGACUCGAACGAUGCGCUGCGGAGACAAUUGCUGGGAAGGAAUUAUCAGAAAGUUAUGAAGGAGAAGGAGAGGGAGAGGGAGGCUAAGCAAAAGGCCUCUGCGACUACGAGCGGUGAUGCGAAUAAUCCGUCGCAUUCGGGUGGUAAUAACGAGGCUGUUGAGGAAGAUGAUUAUGAUGAAGAGGAUGGGCGGACGGCGGCUGUUGGGAGGAAGUUUGCUGCGAAGGGGCAGGGGCUAAGUCAGGGUCUGACGAAGAAUCAGAAGAAGAAGAAUAAUAAGAAGCGGAAGGCUGCGGCGGAGGAACAAUCGCAGUCGCAAACGCCGUCUGAUGCUGCAGCCGUUGCUCCAGGUGGCGGUGAUGGUGACAAUCCGGAGCAAGAGAAACAAGAAGUUGAGGCCCAGGGCGAUGAACAGGACUCUUCAGCGAAGCCAGAUGCAGGGACAUCGGGAUCAUCGUCGCGACCAGCUCCUAGGAGGAAGAAGGCGACGAGUUUCUUGGAUGAGAUACUGGCUGAGAGGUCGAAGAAGAGAAAGAAGAGGUGA